UGUCUAUAUCACCAUCGACCUUGGCGCCUGCUGUGACCUACAUCAGCUGUGUCUGCCUGUAUCGCCUGUCUCAGCACGCCUGGAUCAGCACGGUCUCAUUUUUCCUAGGAAAGUUUUACGAAUUCGCCAGUCCUGCAGAUGUUAAUGGAUUCCUAUGAUUACGUCAACGCUCGCCGAUCCUGCAAUACAGGUGCAACUUGAGUUUGGAAAGUUUACUCCUGUUAAAAGAAGGUAACACGAAUUUUACAUUAUAUAACGUUUUAUGGUGAUGAGAUAUAUAUAUACAAUGUGACUGUGUUAUGGUAUGAAUGAUGAAAAGUCUAUACUGAUAUGACUGAGUAAUGGCAUGAAUUAUGAGAUGCUUAUACCAUAUGACUAUGUUCUUGUAUGAAUGAUGUAAUGUCUAUACAAUGUUAUUAUUCAGUUGUGAAAUGGUUAAAACACGUUUUAAACCAAAAAAAAUUUGGUUUUAGUCCUAACCAUCUCUUUAGUUGGUUAUAAUUCACAUGUAUCGUUAUUUGAUGUGAUUAAUUUAUAUUGAUGUGAUGUAAUUAUUUUUUUUAAAUUCCGGAAUAUAGUAUUUUAGUAAACAUAUGGCCGAUGUGUAAGGAGUUAUGUUAUAUACGCAUAAUGCAAGGAUGUUGCGUUAAGUUUUACUUAAGUUAAUAUAUAUAUUCGCAACGACUUUUAUUUGAGAAAAAAAAAAGUUAUUUUAAAAAAUGAAUUCUUUUGUUCAAAUUUUUGGAAUGAGAUGACAGUAAUCUAGUAGUUUAUGAGAAAUAGUGUGUAAGUUGUAAGGAAAUUAGUUCCACCUUUGAGAUGCAAGCACCUAAAUAAUAUCAGCACAUAAGUAACACCCUUAUUAAAACCAAAUUAUGGUAUGUAUGUGAGCUUCGGUAGAUGUCUUCUCUGGCGCAUUGGGACGCAGGAGUGGCGAUGAGGAGUAGGUCCCUUCAAUGUUUUAGAGUAGGGAUCCGCAAUCCACGGCAUGCAUGCCAGACUUGGCACGUAGAGCUUCAUAGUCCAAAGCAAACAGAACAAUAAAUAACUUUAAAAUAUGCAUGUUAUAAAGUGACGUUAUAUCUUUUCGGCACACAGAAUCAAUUAGACAUCACUCUUUGGCAGAAUAUUACCAAAAGGUAGCCGACCCCUGUUGCAGGGGAAAUUGUGAAUUUGAGCAUAAAAAAACAAAUUUAUUGAGCGGCAGAGAUUGGGGGUAUGUGUGAUUGUUACGAGUUUAGGAAGAGGAACAUAAAUUAAUAUGUCUUUAUUCAAAUCUAAAAUUACACAUAUAUUAAUAAGGUAAACUUAUUUUCAUUUAUUGCUUUAAGAUAAUUAUUCUACAUUUAUUUAAACGCCUAUCUGUCUCGUCCAUCUUUCAGUUCGAACGCAGAACAAACAAACCCACAAACUGUUAUUUUGGUGGGCAAACAAGAGCAUCCAUUUUAUGUUUAAACUCUGCAAUGGCAACCAGAAACCAAUCCACACCACGCACCAUCCAGGAAGUAGGAGACAGAGAUGUUCACUUUGACAGUGAUGAAAAUAGAGGCAAGCUUCGAAGCGCUAUCACUGAGAUCCUAAAGGCGGCAAAGAACUUCAAGCAGGUGUUUCAAACUUCCGCUACACCGCUGAAGGAGCUCAUAGAGCAGAACACAGUUUUGUCUAAGACGUUUGGCGAUGUCCAUAAUGUUUUAAUACAGGCGACCUCCAGUAGCCAGAUGGCAUUGUUAGAUACAUUAAUCGAGAGGUUAGAAAAGUGUAGCCAACAGAUAGACGGCGGACCGCCAAAACCUGAUCCGGUAAGUGACAUUAAAUUUGAUAUGAUUACAAUGGGGGGCCUUGUAGUGAAAUGAAUGGUACAUGAAUUUGAUUUUUAAAUUUAAAAAAAAUUCUAAAAAUAAUAGACAUCAUUCUGUAUGAGUUAAAUCUGAGCAAGAGGAAAUAAUUUACUACUUGUAAUAAUGCAAUAAUCAGUAUACAAAUAAAUAAGACAAUGAUGAAGAAUUAAUGUAUUUUGGCUAAGAAACAGACAGGAGCGAAAUAAGGAAUGGGAUCUAUUUCCAAAUGUUGGGCGAGAGCUAUUCAAAACUAAAUUAUAAGUAUAUAUUUAUAUAUAAUAUACUACCCAGUUCACUUCAAUCACCUUCAUAACUGAAUACGUCACCGUAAGUAGUUGAACAUUGAAUUAACGUAAGAAUAUAACUAUGUUUAAGAAAUGGUGUUUUUUAUUUACAAGUCUUUAAAAUAUAAGAGCUUCCAAAAAUAUAUAUAACAUUAACAUACAUUUAAAGGGAUAGAGAUGGGGAGAGAGACUUAUUUGUUUUGAAAAAAAAAUUUAAAAAGUAGAAUUUAUUUUAAUUAAAUUGUUUAGUCCAGAUGUACAUUAAUUGUUUAUACUUUCUUUAAAGGAGAGAAAUCCUAUCAACCCCCAGAUGAUUGACCUUCUAAUGAUUGGCAGUGCUGGAAACGGCAAAAGCGCAACCGGAAAUUCUAUCCUGGGAAAAUCAGAUUUUGAUAUCGCUUCAGGGAUGUCUGCCACAAGAUCAUCUCCAAGAAAGAGAACUUCAACAUUUAAAAAUCUUAUCAUCUCUGUGGUGGACACGCCUGGAGUGGAUACCAAUGGCAAGAACAAGCUAGAAGUCUUAGAAAUUUCACUUAACUUAAUCAAAGAGUCAUUGGAACUAUGCGACUACAGUUUUACAGCACUGCUCAUUGUCAUCAAAUUCGGAGACAGAUUUACUCAGCACGAGAGUGACACCAUCAAAAUGAUCCGUGGAGUCCUCGGCAAUGACGUUAUUCAGAAAUACGGCGUGUGUGUCGUCACUCACGGUGAUAACUUCGAGUAUGAGAUGGAAGAAGAGAAAGUGAAUGGGACCGCCAUGACAUUUGAGGAGUGGUGUAGAGAACAAGGAGGAGAAAUAGGAGAUAUCUUUAAGGAAUGCAGCUUCAGAUGUGUCUUGUUCAACAACAGAACCAAAGACGAAAUCAAAAGAGCUAGACAACUUGAGAACCUCGUAGGCUGCAUCAGUUGUGCCCAGAAGUACUGUAAAGACGAUUUCAUCAAUGCCGACGAGGGACUUUCGAAACUAACCCAGGAACUCUUUCUGCCUCAAAUCUUAGAGCAAACAAAAACGUUUGUGAACGACAUUCGAGGACAAAGGGUGACUCUGAAGCCUGGAUUUAACUCCGAGGAUAGACAUUCAAAAACAAAAGAGCUGCUUACCGAAGUACAGGAAUAUAAAGACAUCAUCAAGGAAGGCAGUUGGCAGGAUUCGGAGUUAGCACAGCUUCUCGGCUACCUGGAGCCGUUGGAAAUGGAAUUAAGCUCACAAUUAAAAAUAGGUAAUCCUGAAAAAGGGGUAAAUGAAGACAAUAUGGGUAAGGGUUUUAAUAAAAGAGCACCCGCCUCAAAGCUUGGGCAACGGGACGAAUCAAGUGAUGAAAAGACAUACACAGGGAGAUAUAAAGAAAUAGAGCCCGCAAACAAAGUGGCGGAGAAAUGCACAACUGAAUUAGAGACACAAUUUAGAAGUGACUUACAAAAACUGAAGAAAAAAUGGAAGACAUCAUGCAGAUCCCCCGAUGACAUUCAAAACACGAAAAAGGAUUUAGGGACGAUAAAAAUAAAAUACGCUGCAUUAUUAAAGUCUAGUUAUGGAGAAAAAUGUUCUAAAAAAUACUCAAAAUUUGAAAAUAAGCUUAAUUCCCCUCGUGACAGGGAUAAACCUUCAAAGAAGUGGAACAAAAUUCGUCCAAUUCUAAACAUUAUGGCCAAAUUGCGUAGGGCACAUAAAGGACCUGGGCAUCAAAUAACGAGCCAAUCAUCGUUACAUAAGGAGACGCAUUUCUAAAAUCUUAGCAUGGUUUAUGUAUCUUAAAGAAAUCUAAGAAGAUAAAUAAUAGAAAACGCUUUUACAAAAAUCCAUUUUAUUAUAUUUUCAUGUUAUUCGAAAAAACAACAACAAUUCACAGAGAGUCUAUCUUCAUUGUUUUCUUGUGGUUUUUUGGUUUUGGUUGUAAAUUAAAACAAAACAAUUGCAAUUGGUUCAUCCUCUUUCAAUAGCACGUUCACGUAAUCACUUUACGAGUGUUCUUCAGUAAAAAAAAUGCACAUUCUUUUCACUUAGAUUGAUUCCUGUACUAAGAAGUUGUGAUUCUCUUGUUGCACUCCUAACUUCUAUGAGCGUUACUUGUCACUCAUUCAUUUCAUUCACGCUGAGGAAUAUGACACCCACUUCGUGCUAAAAGCAUUAUUUUGCCUUAAAAAUGAUGAAGCUAAAAUAUAUACGCUACCCUCUAUUUUUUAUACAUGUAAAUUUAACAGUUGCUUUUGCUCUUUUUUUUGUUGGUAGUUUGGUGAUAAUUAUGGACAUGUUUAAAAAGAGAAGAGUAAAUUAUUAAUUUGUAGUUUUUUGCUUAAUUUAACCCGAAACAUUUAUUUUUCUAUUAUUUUUGCAAACAAUUUACAAUGAUGGGCCAUAACAGUCUUUGGCGUGCAUACCCUAUAAAAUAUUUGUUGGUGACAUCUUCGAACAUUGAAUGCGAUAUCAUCUUUAUUUAAAGUAGAAUACUGAUCACCAAAGACUACUUUAACACAACGCUUUGCCAGCUUAUCAUGAUCUUCUAGUGACUUAAAUUCGCAUGGUCCAACCAUCUAAUUGCUCAUUGACUUCAUAAAAUGAGUCGUGGAACGUGAUCAAAUGGGUUAAGAACUAUUGUAAUCACAAAGGUCUAUUUUAAAAAAUCAUUAAAACUUAAAAAAUGAUUUUUUUUAACGAUCGAAUUCAUUGCUAGCCCACUAGCAUACACG